AUGGCUGCUGAUUCUAUGGACAUUCGCUAUGCUUUUCCUUUAUUUCCAAUUAAUGAUAUGUGGCCAUGUCCAGCAUGUUCUUUCAAAAAUACAUUAUCUGCCUAUCCUUACUGUCAAUUGUGCAGUCAAGGAAAUUCUCAGUCUUCAGAAGACUUUUACCCUAUGGAUCAUCCAAUACCUACCUGGCAAUGUUCUCGAUGUACACUAAAUAAUAGGACUAACAAUGAACGAUGCGAAGCUUGUAGUUAUACAAAAGAAAAAUCGAAACCUGAUGAAACUGUUCUUGUUAAUACAGCACCGACUACGUCGCGAACACUUACAUCACUGGCUGUUUGUGAACGGGAACACGACGAUGAAUUAAAUGCUGAAAAUGUAUUUCAACAUAUUGUUAGUUUUUGUAAACAGGCUCAAACACAUUUUGUUGAUGAUGGAUUCGUUCCAUCGCCUGGAUCUAUUGGAGUAGGAUCAUAUGAAAGUAUUUCACAAUGGUUACGAAUAUCAGAUGUUGCUCCAUUACCUGAUGAUCCUCCUGAUCUACCAUGGACAAUAUUUUCUUCACCUCAACCAAGUGAUAUUCAACAAGGAGUUCUAGGUGAUUGUUGGUUAGUCGCUGCAUUAGCUUUAAUCUCUGAACGACCUCGUCUUCUCGAACAUAUUCUUCUUACAAAACAAGUGAACUCUCAAGGUGUCUAUCUUGUACGUAUUUGUCAUAAUGGUUUAUGGAAAACUAUUAUUGUUGAUGAUUGUUUUCCAUGUACAAAACAUAAACGUCUUGUAUUUACACAAGCUAAACGUCGUCAAUUAUUUGUUCCAUUGAUUGAAAAAGCAUGUGCAAAACUGUUUGGUUCUUAUAGUAGUUUAAAAAGUGGUAAUAUGCUGGAAGGUCUUCAACUAUUAACCGGUGCUCCAUGUGAUUAUAUUGACCUUAAACCAUCUAAAAAUCUACUUGAAAGUGAUAUUGUCUGGGCAAAACUCUUAUCUGCUUGUGAAUCAAAGCUAUUAAUUGGAGCAUCAACAAGUGGAACUAAUGUAAGUCGAGAUGAAUAUGCUCGUGUUAAUAUUCGUGGUAAUCAUGCAUUUUCUCUUCUGGCUGCUCAUGCUCUUGUUAAUGAUACUUCACGAUUUGUACUCAUUCGUGAUCCCCAUUCACGUUCACGUUAUACAGAAGAUCUUAUUACUGAACCUAUUCUCGAACAGUUACGUUUAGUUAAUCCUACACAUCGAUCUACUGGUGCUUUUUGGAUAUCAUGGCCUCGAUUUCUUCAUUAUUUUUCAUCAAUAACCAUAUCAUGUUACAAUAGUAAUCAUUUCGAUAUACGUCAACAGGGUCAAUUUACCGAAUCAGCUACACAACCCAUUUCAGCUUAUUGUUUUCAUGUACCAGAAACAUCUUUAAUCAAUAUAAGUUUGUUAUAUCAUCGCCAUAGUCGAACAACACAUUCUACUCAUACACAAUCAUUUGUUUUGUGUGAUAUUGACGAAUCUGAUUCGUUUAAUAGUGUCGGAAAGCGAGAAAGUAUCUUAAUAUGUAGACAUAGACGAUAUACGUAUUGGACAGGAUUAUUACGCGCUGGUUCUUAUGUACUUGUACCUUUUUCAAUUAGCUUUUGGGGAACAACUGGAAAAAAUCGAGAUUAUACAGUUGUUAUUCAUUCUAGUGUUCAACUUGAUUUAACAAUUAAAAAUAAACGACCAACAUUUCUAGCUGAUUGUCUUAUUGCAGCUGUCAUGAAAACUAAUCAUAUGAAGAAGCAAGAAAACGACGGCGUCUUUUAUAUAACAUCAAGUAAACUUGGAUUAAAACUAUUCAUUGCUGAGAAUUUAUCAGCAAAAAAUUAUCUAAAUUUGGAUAUUGAUGUAUUAAUAGCAGAAAAUGUUCGUCAUUCUCGUUUUUCUCAACCUCCUUUCCAUACUCGUGAUUGUAUUCCACCACGAUAUCGUCAAUUGGUAUUUAUUACAGAAUGGACUGAUAAACGAAGUGGAUCGGCUCAAUUAAGUUAUUCAUAUUCAUGUAAACAUGAUACUCAAAUGAGUAAUACAAUACCACCAAUUAAAACUGUUCGACAUGAUCUUCAUUCACCACGAGCAUUUUAA